AUGGCGAGUGGGAAGACAGGGAAGAAGACGUGGUUCGCGCGAAAGCUGCGAGAGUGGUCAAUCGCGUUCUGCGAGAACAUGACAAACUUACCAGAACACAAGUUUGGACAAUUCAGCUCGUCACUGCUCUCUGACGAGGAUGUGGCUGGCGCAAUUCAUCUCCACCUCCAAGGUCUGGGCAAAUGGGUCUCCGCCAACCAAAUCGCGCGCUACGUCCGCACUCCCGAGUUCCAGGCCCGCCUCCGCGUCAAGCGCAACAUCUCUGUGCGUACUGCCCAACGUUGGAUGAAGAAGAUGGGUUAUCGGUGGAAGAAGGAGCCGAAGGGGAUGUAUUCCGAUGGGCAUGAACGAGCAGAUGUGGUGAAUUAUCGCCAAAAUGUCUUUCUCCCACAAUGGAGAGAUUACGAGGCAAGCGCGCGGCACUGGCAAGCUGACGCGUCAUUUGAGGAGGUCGACCACGAGUGUCGGAUGCGACUGUUCAUGAGCGACAAUCUCGACUGCCGACCCUACACCAUCUGGCGUCAAGACGAGUCGAUCUUUUACGCAAAUGAUCGACGCACCACUCGUUGGGUCCACGAGUCAGAGACAGCAAAGAUUAGGGCAAAGGGAGAAGGUGCAAGCGACAUGAUUGGUGAUUUUGUGUCACCUGAAUACGGCUGGCUGCGAUCUAAGCGGCUGAAUGUGCGAGGUGAAUUUGACGAUGCUCGUGUCCUUCUCAAACCCGGCAAGAAGCGCGAAGGCUAUCAGACCACGGAGACCAUUCUUGCUCAGGUCACCCGCGCGAUGAACAUCCUCGACCGUGAUUACACUGAGGACCGACAUGUUUUUGCUUACGAUAAUGCGACCAUCCAUACUGCGCGCGCCCCCGAUGCACUCAGCGCACUUGGCAUGACUCUAGGGCCAUCCAAUAACUUCAACAAAAGCAAUGGUGUUUAUGUUCACAUGCGGGAUGCUACUUUCCGUGAUGGCUCUGCCCAGGUUCUCUACCAGGCCAAUGGAACCACGUUCAAGGGGCUUAAAGUCCUUAUCCAAGAGCGACGUGCUAAGGGCCACGACCUCCCUGAUCCCGACUCUAUCAAUCCUAUCACAAAGAAGAAAUAUCUUGUGCAGUGUGGCGGCAGCGGCGCGUUCAAAUGCCGCACAACCAUGGAUACAAAAUGCUGCUUGCGCAAAAUGAUGUAUUCGGAGCCAGACUUUAAGAACCAGAUGUCAAUCUUGGAGGAACACUGCCAGAAACGCGGCUAUGGCGUGCUCUUCUUUCCCAAAUUCCACCCUGAGCUCAAUUUCAUCGAGCAAUGCUGGGGCUAUGCCAAGCGGAUCUACCGCAUGUAUCCCGAGUCAACAUCUGAGGAUGACCUGCGUGCCAAUCUGCUUGAUGCUGUUGCGUCAGUGCCUAUUGAGUCUAUGCGACGUUUUGCAACACGUUCCUCGCGGUUUGGAGAUGCAUAUUUCCGAGGGCUGAAUGGUGCAGAAGCAGCUUGGGCUAACAAGAAGUAUCGUGGACAUCGCACUCUACCACCAUCAUAUGAGGAGGACUUGCGGGAGGCUAAGACUAAGUGGCCGGCUUGGAAACUGGGUCCCACACAAAAGUAA